GUGCGCGGGCGGCUGCCGCCGAGCCCUGCGCCGCGCCCUGCUCGUGCCGCCGCGGCCUGCUGGACUGCAGCCGGCAGCGCCUGCCCAGCGGGCCGGGCCCGCGGAGGAUUCCGCCGCUGCCCGCCGGCACCACGGGGCUGUAACAAGCGAUAAGACAAGAGGACGUAGUCUUCAGCUGGUGCCACGGGAGCUUCAGGUUCUACAUCUGGAGGAAUUUCUUCACAGAAAGGGUGAUUAGGCAUUGGAAGGGGUUGGCUGGGGAGGUGUUCGUGUUCAAGGAAUGACUGGACCUGGCACUCAGUGCCAUGGUGUGAUUGACAAGGUGGUGUUUGGUCAUAGGUUGCACUCGGUGAUCUUGGAGGUGUUUUCCAACCUAAUUGAUUCUGUGAUUUUGUCCGCUGGAUGUUCUCACGGAGCCCAGAGCGCUGCGGGCAGAGCGGCCCGGCAGUGGUGCCCCAGGGUGGGAGGCAGCUCUGCAGGUGGGGUCUCACCUGGGUGGGGCAGAGGGGCAGAAUCGCCCCCUCCUUUGCUGCUCAUGCUGGGGGAUCAGCCCAGGGUUCAGGGGGAGUGUUCUGGGCUGUAGAUGCACGUUUCUGUUCAGCUUCUCAUCCACCAGCAUCCCCAAGUCCUCCCCAGAGCUGCUCUUAAUCCAUUCUGUGUCUGUUCUCUGUUGUGGCUUUCAGGAUUUUGGCACAUGAAGCAUGGGUGAUGUUUUUUCUUCGCUAGUACUACUCUAGCAGUUCUGAAUCUAAAUGAGCUAUAAUGUGUACCAGCUGCUUAAAAUGAAUCAAAGCCUAAUUUUUCUCACAUGAUCAAGUCCCUGAUGUGCUUUUCUCUAUUAGUUCUGUGAUACCAUUUCAGCUGGCACUGAGGACUAAAAAUUCUUCUUUUUCCUACUUCUCAAAUUACUUGCAGGGGGUGCUUCCUCUGUGUGUGUGUGUGUGCACACGUGCACAUUGGUUUUAUUUUCACUUUUUGCUUUUGAUAAAACCAGCAGAACAGAACUUGGUUUUCAUGAUGGAAGAACUCAGGAAACUCACUUCAUUUUUCCUCUGAAGUUAUAUGUGUUUUGUGGCUAACCUGGUGGGUGAUGAAAAGCCUUGUGAAGUUAGGGAGUUAGGAAAUUUUUUUUUUGUAUGUCUGCCUUGUAACGUUAGUUUCUUUAGAGCAAGGAAUGCCAGCCCUGUGUGUAGGGGCAGAGAGAGAAGCACAAUGCUGGUGUCACUGCCUCUAGUCCCAUAGUGGCAGGUGUGUUUAUAUAUCCUGGUAACCAGAGAGACAAUGAAUAAAAGUAGUUCAGGUAUCAGUUAAUUAGUUCAGCAGGUUCUGUUCACAGUUGAUUUUUUGGGUGAGUUCAACUGGCUGCCUGCAUUCUGCAUCAACACCUCUACAGUGCCACAGUAUGCUCAGCUUGGCUGAGUUAGGAUCAUUCUUCAUCAUCCAUAAUCAGUUUGGUAUGUGUGUUCUGUUUUAUUUACUUAAGAGAUGAGUACUACUUAAGCUCAAAAUGAAUGUUUAGAUGAUGUUGUAUACAAUACCAGAUGAAUCUCUAAAUUACAAAUUUUACAUAUUCGCUCUGUAUUCUGCACAGCUUGGCCCUCCCAGUUACAAAGGCUGCUUAAAGGAUGGGUUCUUAGGUAUUGGCUUUUCCAGAGCAAGGGAAUGGCAUCUGGUUCUCCAGAAUAGCAGGAAUCUUAGCUGUGUGAUUGAAUGAUCUCUAAACACAGAAAAUCAGCCAGUGUAUUUAAUUCUGUAUUUUGUGAUCAGUUGGUCUGUUUGAAAAAGAAAAGCAUUAGUAACAGAAUGUAGAUAUAAAUAAUGUCAGAAUCACUUUAAAUAUCAACUCUACCCAACUUCUUGAAAGAGGACUUACUGUAAUGAAAACUUUGUUGUAGUCCAAAUCUGAGUGAUAAUAGAAAAAUACUUUCCCUGUGCUUUCUGAAUUAAGAUUUUAAUUUCUAACUCAGUAAUUAGACAAUAGGCUUCUGGGGAGGGAUAACUGGAUGUUAGCACAUCCUCAUCACCCUGGCCCCAUGGCUGCCAGUGUUAAGGAUGAAUUUGGAGGAAUUCAGUGUACUGAAUAAUUUUAGCUUUCGGUCAGUCCCGAAGUAGGCAGGUUGUUGUAUGUUCCCUACCCAGCUAACAUAUUCUAUUAUAGUCUUCCUGAAAGCCUUAGAAAAAUCAAGUUUCAGUUUUCUGUGUGUAUUAAUCUCGCUUCCAAGAUCUAUGUUGGUGUCCGCUAGCUGUGCCUGACACACAGGUUGGUCUGGCUCAUAACCCGUGGCCUGGUUUUGCUCAUUAGUGGAGUACCUGCACACCUUGAGGGUUGCAGUGUUAUCUUCCAUGUCCAUUGUCUCCUUCCUCCGUCUGUUGCACACUGAUUCUUUGGAAACAACAUGGCUUAGUACUUCCUGCUCUGGUUAAGCACUCUGCUCCGAGAUUAGACUGCCAGCACUGGCUGGGUGCCUGCAUGUUUGAAAAAUUCAGGAAAGUUUACUGCUGGGAUUUGGAAUCAUAUUUCCUUCCACCUGUCUGUGCCAGGCUCCUAUGGAUGCCCAGAGGCUGGGGCUGAGUGGGGUUCAGGGGAGUGUGGGCAGCUGGAGAGAGUGUCUUGAGCAUUCAGCCCCCUGAGGUGGGAAGCCUGCUGAGGAGCAGCUCAUGCUUGGUUGGUUUUGUGUUUUUCCUAGUGUUUAGGGCUGGCUUAAUUACCACAUGUACUGAGGAAGCAGAGCUGCAGGAUAGUUCUGCAACUGGCUGCAGUUCCUCUCCUCUCCGGGUUCUCUUGAGUCUUUUUGGGUUUUUGGUUUUUUUUUUUGUUUGUUUGUUUUUGUUUUGUUUUUUGUUUGUUUUGUUUUGGUUUUUUUGUUUCCAAACCCACACUGCUCUAGCUGUAUAAUUUGCAUCUUGGUGUAAUUAAAAGAAUACAUUAACAACUGCCUGACUUGCCAUGACACCCAGGAUUUUAAUAAUUCAGCAUAAUUUUUACACUGAACCUGAGUGAAAGUUAACAACUAUAACUAUAGUGUAGUCUGUCAAUUGUCAGUCCGUGUUGUCUUUUAGUAGGUCUUACAGAUCAACAAUAGUCUGCCGGAGCUCAAGAAGUGUUUGUACAAUGCUCUUAGGGACACGGUGGAAUUUUGGGGUUGACCUGUUCUGGGCCAGGAACUGGACUUAAUGAUUUUUGAAGGAUCAAGUUUGGCCCUUGGUGUAUUUGGAGUCAAGCACAGGCCCAAAGCUAUUGCAGGAACAGAGGAGUGUGUGGAUGCUGUGGCUUGUACAAACAUGGUUGUCAAUGGAAAUAUUUUGAAUUAUACUAAUUUGCAUUUUAAUAUUAAUUUUAACAGAUAAAUACAGUUUUGGUUGCAAAGUGUGAUUUUGUCUUGUGCGUCAGCAUAGCUGCUGCCUGCCUGAUAAUCUGAAAACUAACUGUAAUAAAUACAUACAAUGCUACUGCAGCGAUGAUGAAAGGAUCAGUGAUACAGGACCUUACCAGAGGAGCUCGUAGGGAGGGGAACAGCUUUGCUGUAAACAGCUUUUUAGAGCUCUCUCCUUAACAUCAGAAUUGGAAAUGGGGAGGGAAGCACAGUGUCUUGCUAGGCUAGAACAACUAGCUGGCAUAGAACAUUUUGAGCUAGAACAGACCCAAAAGAAUCAUUGAGUCCAACUCUUGGCCCUGCAUAGGACACCACAAUUUCCCACCCCAUGCCCAAGAGCUUUGUUCAAAUGCUCCUUGCGCUCUGGCAGCCUUUGUGUCUUGACUGCUCCCCUGGGGAGCCUGUUCAGUGCCUGACCAGUCCCUGGGGGAAGAACCUUUUCCUGAUAUUCAACCUAACCUUUAUCUGACACAGCUCCUGCUGUUUCCUUGGGUUUUGUCUCUGCUCAGAGAGAGCAGAGAUCAGAGCUGCCCCUUGGGAGGAAGCUGCAGACCCUGGGAUUUAAGUCAUAAUCAUUUAUUAUCAUCCAAUUGGAGCAUUGAUUUGUCUGUCUCUACUCUCCAAGAAGUGAAAAUGAAUUACAAUGAGCUAAGUGAAAUUCCAUAUUUUGGAGAAACAACUUCCAAUAUAACUCUUCUCUCAUUGGUGCACAAUACCAUUCCAGAAAUAAAUGCUGAGCAACUCCAGGUCUACCUUUCAUUGGAAAAUCUAGAUCUUAGUUCUAAUCUUAUAUCAGAAAUUAAAGCCUCUUCCUUUCCACGAAUGCAACUGAAGUACCUGAAUCUGAGUAACAACAGAAUAACUACUCUAGAAGCAGGUUGCCUGGAUAACUUAUCUAGCUCACUAAUGGUGAUAAAACUGAACAGAAAUAGGAUUAGUGUUAUUCCACCAAAGAUCUUCAGAUUGCCUCAUGUGCAGUUUCUGGAACUGAAAAGGAACCGGAUUAAAAUAGUGGAAAGUCUUACAUUCCAAGGAUUGGAAUCCCUAAAAUCCUUGAAAAUGCAGCGCAAUGGGAUUAGCAGACUAAUGGAUGGAGCAUUCUUUGGCCUGGGUAAUAUAGAGGAAUUAGAACUGGAACAUAAUAACUUAACAGAAGUAAACAAGGGGUGGCUGUAUGGGCUGCGGACAUUGCAACAACUCUAUGUUAGCCAGAAUGCCAUCACCAGGAUCAGCCCAGAUGCAUGGGAAUUCUGCCAAAGACUUGCUGAGCUAGACUUGUCAUACAAUCAGCUCACUCGCCUUAAGGAAUCUGCCUUUGUGGGACUUGGUUUAUUGGAGAAGCUAAACCUGGGUGACAAUCGCAUUAAUCACAUUGCUGAUGGUGUCUUUAGAGGUCUGACAAAUCUUCAAACCUUGGACUUGCGGAACAAUGAGAUCUCCUGGGCCAUAGAAGAUGCAAAUGAAGCUUUUGUGGGACUCAGCAGGCUGGAUAAACUAAUCUUGCAAGGAAACCAAAUUAAGUCAAUUACCAAAAAAGCAUUCUCUGGUCUCGAAGGACUUGAACAGCUAGAUUUAAGCAACAAUGCAAUAAUGUCCAUCCAAGAAAAUGCCUUUGCCCAGGCUCAGCUGAAGGAGCUAGUGUUGAACACAAGCAGUUUGCUUUGUGAUUGCCAGUUGAAAUGGCUGCCCCAGUGGCUCAGAGAGAGCCAUUUGCUGCAGGCUGUCAGUGUCAGCUGUGCUCACCCUGAGUGGUUGGCAGGACAAAGCCUUCUCAGUGUGGACCCUGAUGACUUUGUUUGUGAUAAUUUCCCUAAACCACAGAUCAGAGUCCACCCAGAGACUACGGUGGCCCUGCGAGGCACAAAUGUGACCCUGAUGUGCACUGCUGUGAGCAGCAGUGACUCGCCCAUGGCCACGGCCUGGCGCAAAGACAGCGAGGUCCUCUAUGAUGCUGACGUUGAGAACUUUGCCAGCUACCAGCAGCAAAGUGGGGAGAUGCUGGAAUACACCACCGUCCUGCACCUCUUCAACGUGAAUUUCACGGAUGAAGGGAAAUACCAGUGCAUUGUCACCAAUCACUUUGGCUCCAAUUAUUCCAACAAAGCCAAGCUGACUGUCAAUGAGCUCCCUUCUUUCCUGAAAACUCCCAUGGAUCUCACUAUCCGCACCGGGGCCAUGGCCCGGCUGGAGUGUGCUGCUGAGGGCCACCCCCCCCCACAGAUCUCCUGGCAGAAAGAUGGUGGCACAGACUUCCCUGCUGCAAGAGAGAGGAGAAUGCACGUAAUGCCUGAGGACGAUGUGUUCUUCAUUGCAAAUGUGAAGAUGGAAGACAUGGGGAUCUACAGCUGCAUGGCCCACAACAUCGCAGGGGGACUCUCAGCCAAUGCUACCCUGACUGUGCUGGAAACUCCUUCCUUCAUGAGGCCUCUGGAGGACAGGACAGUGACCCGAGGUGAAACGGCUGUCCUGCAGUGCAUAGCUGGUGGCAGUCCUGCCCCUCGCCUCAACUGGACCAAGGACGACGGUCCCUUGACAGUCACCGAGCGGCAUUUCUUCGCUGCAGCAAAUCAGCUCCUCAUCAUAGUGGAUGCAGGACUGGAGGAUGCUGGGAAGUACACGUGCAUCAUGUCCAACACACUAGGCACUGAGCGUGGCCAUAUUUACCUAAAUGUCCUGGCUUCCCCCAACUGUGAUUCUUCCCAGAGUGCCAUUGUCCAUGAAGAGGACGGCUGGACAACAGUAGGGAUCGUGAUUAUCGUUGUUGUGUGUUGUGUGGUGGGAACGUCCUUGGUGUGGGUUAUCGUCAUCUACCACAUGAGGAGAAAGAAUGAAGACUACAGCAUCACUAACACAGAGGAGAUGAACCUACCUGCUGACAUUCCUAGCUACCUGUCCUCCCAAGGAACACUGUCUGAGCCUCAGGAAGGCUACAGUAAUUUGGAGGCAGGGAGCCAUCAGCAGCUGAUGCCUCCAGCUGGCAGCUACAUGCACAAAGGCACAGACGGUGGUGCAGCACCAUUAGUGAUCUGCUCAGAUUGUUAUGACAAUGCCAACAUCUACUCCCGGACCCGAGAGUACUGUCCCUAUGCCUUCAUCACUGAGGAGGACCCACUGGAUCAAACCCUCCCAAAUCUCAUGGUGCAGAUGCCCAAGGAAAUGUACACAGCACACACCCAGAAUGAAACCAGUGCUCUGGGUGAUCUCUUAGCAGACAGAGAUGUGCCUGUCUUCCUUACCAACCAUGACAAAAAAAGUGAUAAGAAAAUCUCUUCCCAGCAGAUUAUUGAGCCCUUCCAGGUUCCUCUUUGGGGAGGCAGCAAAGACCUGGCUUGCUCUCACCCACAGUUCCUGCACCAUCCAUUGGCCCACGAGGCCCCGCAGCCGCUCCGGAGCGAUGGUGUCGCCAGCAGUGGCCGGGACCAGGCAUCACCCAGGCCCUGCCACAGGCUGCAGGAGGAGAGUUUUGAUUUUAACAGGACACGGAACAUUCAUGACCAAAGUGAAACCACAUAAAACUCUCGCAAAGCCUUGAAAGCAAAUCCACAUCGACUGACUGUAUUUACUACCUCAGUACUAACCUCAAGGCCAAAGAUGCUUGUGUAUGUGUCUGCAAGUACUAAGAGUCAGACUCUCUUGAAGGAGAUGGCACAUUCCCUUUUUUCUGCAAUUUUUCCAUUAAAAAUGGGAAUGUGCACCAGAGAACACAUGGAAAAUUAGUGCUAUCUACAAAUAUAGCAUUAAAACACGGAUUGUGUGAUGCUGGAAGCAGUCUUUGUGGUGGUACAUGUUUUGGAAAGCUCUCAAGAGCAUGUGUAGCUAUUUCACGGUGUUUUGUCUGCUUUGGAAACAAACCAUCAGGGCCUCCUCAUGGAAUUCCCCCUGGAACUGUAAGCGUAAUACUCUUGGCCAGCUUUUCCUUCCUUAGACUGUUGGCAGGUGUCUGUUGCUAGUCUAAAUUUGGGGCUUGUUUUCUUCUAGGAAUAAUGGACUCCAGUUGUAAAUAAACUCGCAUUUAUAAAUAUUUUGUAUACACUAAGCAUAUAAAUGUGUUGACUGUAAUGUAAAUUAUUUUUUAUUAUGCCAAAGUAUGUAUCAUACUGUUAGUCUUGACAGCUGCAUAUCAAGCCAUAUGGGGAGCUUGGGGGGAUUGAAAGCUUGUUUGUGGGGGAAUAGAGCUGUCUUUGUUUUGAAAGGUGCAUUUACUUAUAGAUAUGCGGUAGAACUGUGAUAUUGAUGAAUUUCAUUGUUGCCUACAACUGCGUGCCUGGCUGACCUGGCUGCAAGCUGAUCCAUUUCAUGACAGUAGCAGAAUUUCAGGGUUUAUCUAAGCUUUUAUCUAUAAAAAACCCCUUUGUUUUGUAUCUGCUGAGAGGGUCUCCGUAUGUUUCCUAGCUGGCAGUUAAGUGAACUUUUAAAAAGAAUGUGGUGAUGAAAAGCAUGAGGUAAAUUGAGAGAGCACUUGAUGAAUACUUAUUUCUUCUGCAUAGCCAAAGGCAUAUGGAGUUUAAAACACUGGUCCUUUUCUGUUGCAAAAUAUCAGGCUACAUUGUUGAACUAAUACUUCCCUUAAAUCUUGGUGUGGUCAAAAUCUUUAAAUAUUUGACAGGUGAGAAAUGAUACAAUGCAGGGAACCCCUCACUACUGCAAGAUCUUGCUGACACAGAGGAAGCUCAGACUCCAUAGUUUCAGUGAGAUGUGCCUGAGAAAAUGUGGAAGACAAAUGACAUUAUAAAGACUUUCUGGGAAGUUGUUCUUUUUGGGGGGAAAUGCCCCUUUUUGUAGAAGAUGUUUAAAAGACUCCUCAGGGAUGGUUUUUGGCCCAGCUCAGUUGUAGGUAUGUAAGAAUUCCCAUUGAUCCAUUCCUGGACUGAAAGGUUUGCGACUCAAUUGUCAGGUCUAGUCGUGCAGAAUCACAGCGGAAUUCAGAGGCUGUGGUGAAGUAUUUGAGAAAAUGAGUGGGGAAACACUGGGACUAAUGAUGCUUUUCCCAUGGCUCUUUGGACAGGAAUAAUGGUCAAAUCAUUGCAAAUGAGUAAAUAUUUUUAAGGCCUCUUCCCAUGCUCUCAAAGCCAGCAUGACUGCUUUUGUAGGCAGCAGCUUUAAUGAGAAGGGGAUGCAAUUGUCCUUGACCUUUGAGUAAAAUAGAGAGGAACACAGGUGUGUAAAUUUUGGGAUUCUGACAGGUGAAAUCCUUAUUAAAAAAAAAAAAAAAGAUAAAUUAUCAGUUAAUUUCUUUCUGGUUUUAUUUCCUCCAGACUUUUCCUUCCCAGACAGCAUUUAUUCUGACUCCAACGUGCUCCCUGCUGCAGGGACCAGCACUGUCAGUUUAAAUCCAGGUGAAAAAGGUCAUGCCAUGAAACUGCAGCAGCAGCAAAGCCUUAUCAUUUUGGGCUGCUGUCUCAGCCAGUAGUCACUCAGGCUACUGGACAAGGUGCUACUGGCAUCCGUGAUUCCCAGCAGUGGGAAAACCACAUCCCUGCUGCUGCUCUCUCAUCGCUGUUUGGCAAAUGCUUGUUCCUAUUUCUUUCAUUCCUCUCUCGCUUUGUAGGAGCUGAGCUCACGCAGAUCUGUCACAGUGCAGCUGGCAUCGUCCAGACCCUUGAGAGUACUUGGGGUACAGCUCCCUGGAGCAAGGUGGGUGAGACCUGCUUGUCCUGGAUCAGGGCUUUAAAAUCCCUGCUGGCUGUACCAGGACUGUGCUGGCUGUCAGAGAGUGCAGCUAAAGCUGCUCUGAUUUCUGUGAGAGAGUGGCCUAUAAAAGCUGAAUCCUGAAUUAAGACAUUUACAUCCUUCCAUGAGCAUUUAAAGUCCAUAAGCUGGUUGUAAAUAGCUGAUGCUUGUGAGUAGGUGACACUUUGCUGCACUGUGGAAAAACUUCUUCGGUAGACUUGGAGGAGCAAAUUAGGUGUCUUGUUUCCCCUUUGCAGAGGGACAGAGUGGCCUUUCUUUUUUCAGUAAAAACAAGCAAUUGCCUCAAUCAAUGCCAAAGCACUACCAGUACAGGAACUGAGAGGGGUCAGAAGCAGCAAGAGCAAAGCUGCUUCUGUUCCCUCUUACUAUUUCCUAUUGUCUAUUUAUAUUUUUUUCACAGCAGAAUGUAUAUUUUGUAUAGCAUCUGUAAUAUAUGUUUGUCCAUUGUAACAUACGUCCAAACAGUAAAAUGCUGUAUACAUUGAGCAUUCAGUGUAACUCUGUUAGUUUGCAAAUUGAAUAAUUAUAUUUUGUCCUAUAGUAUUUACUCUGGUUUUUUCCGUCUCUGAAAAUUAAACUUUGCCAACUGGA